AUGGCCAGUAAUGGGGUAACUCUACGUGGGGUACCCCAAACGCAGCAAAAUUUGAGUGGGCAUCACCGUUGCUCUCAGUGUGGACUUUAUUUGGAGAGCUCUACAUCGUUACAAGUGCACAUGCAGUAUCAUCAUGAGACAAUGAAUCGGUGGGGAACGUCUGCCACGGGCAGUAUACCCAGUUCAACUACAUCGUCAACGCCAACAUCGGAUACAGAGAACAAUAACCAACCAUCAUUGAAAUCACACAUUAAAACAGCUUCGCCGCAUCAAACGAUUGCCGCUGCAGCGGAUUCAAGUGAUAAUCAGCCAUCUACUCCACAACCACCAGCGCUUCCUGAACCAGGUACACCACAAAGUUUUACAGGCGGAGCCUCUCCAUAUCAGCAGCAAGGAACUAUUCUUGCUCCACCAGAAAUGCACUAUCCUGCUUACAUUCACGGGUAUGAUCCAUAUACGUAUCCCAUUGAUUAUGCCCAUCCACUUCAAACGGCACAUCUCAAUAACCAGCAGCAAAUAGAGUACAAAGCAGUGCCUUCCAGCAGAUACCACCCUUACAGUAAUAACAGUCACAGUAACGGAAAUCAUCAUGCCUCGGCACAUCAUUCAAGCAACAGUGGAACACAUAAUGCAUCUCCGAUUAAUAAUGCUGGAUUGAGUCCACAGGUAGUUAGCUCGUCUAGUAGUACUCAAAAUUCAGCAUCACUAGCCUCAACUACGGUAGCUUCAUCGACUACAACAUCACCUCAAAAUAAUAGUUCUCAUAUUCCCCCGACACCGUCGCCAUCACCAAUUCAAUGUGAAAAAUGUGGCAUGGUAUGUGACACGGAUGAAGCACUCAAUGAUCACGAAGCGAAUGUGCAUCAAUCUCAAAAUCAACAGCAACCAGAAUCUCAACAAUCUGAAAGAAUCAGUAUGGACCGGAAUGAAGAUCAAGACAUGCAGGGUAACUAUUCUUAUGGAAAUCCUUCCACUUUUAUUAAAGAAGAGCCUGGACCAUCUGAUAUCUUGGAUCUUGAUUCGCAAAAAAUGGUUUAUCCUCCGGAGCCCGUACUGCCUCCAAUGAAUACAUUACAUUCCUUGCAAUCCAUACAGCGUCAUCCAAUGAUGUGGCCGCAUGAUCCACACAAUUUUAUGCCGCCGCAUCACCCUCACGAUCUAAAGGCUCCCUAUUAUCACCCACAAAUUAAAUCUGAAUAUUCAUCGACACCUUCUAUAAAAAGCGAUUAUCCACAGCACGCUGCAAUGCAAGUAAAACAAGAAUAUUCAUCGACUGUGGCUCCAGCAACGAUCAAAACGGAUUACAACAUUACACCAGCCUUGCCACCUACUGUACCACAGUCAAAUCAAUCUGUUAAACCUUAUACUGAAGAUUGUGAAGGUAAUCAGUUGGCAACAAGUCCGUCGGAUUUUCCAAGCACAACAACGCCACAGGAAAACAAUUCGCAAUUUAGAAAUUUUGAACCGCCGACAUCUUCGCUUCCAAACAGUGCUUUACCAACGAAAGGCACAGCUUGGAAAUCCAAUGAAGCCAGACGUCCGAAAACGUAUAAUUGUACGGCAUGCAAUAAAUGGUUUACAAGUUCGGGUCACUUAAAACGACACUACAAUACAACGCUUCAUAAAAACGCUGUCAAAUCUAGUGGACAGCCAGAUCCAGCAACGUUGCCUAUCAGUGUUCACCACCAUCCCGGACGUGAUCCUAAUUACGCAACAAAAGGUAGAAGAGGAGCAGCGGCACAAAUUCAGCAGCCUAUUCAACAACCGGUUCCACCACCUGAUCCUCCUAGGAGUCCCGAUUAUAGUACGCAAUAUUCUGCAACGGGGUUUACAACCCCUUCUGUACAUCAGAUUACGUCGAAUCAGGGUUUUCAUCAAUACAAUUCCAAUCUUCAAAACACCUCAUCAACGGUUCCCCCAAACGGGGUAGCAGGUCCCUCCGUCCAAGCCUCCCAACCGAGGGGCCUGCAGAUCUUCUCGAACAGCAGCAUGGAAACGCUGCAACAGCAGGAGCAACUGGAUCAAACGCCUACUAUCACCACCACCACCAUCACCAGCAUUCCAUCGCCGUUGCACAGUCAACACACCAUCAAUAUAACGGCACCAUACCCCACCAUCAGCCCUUUAACUAUCAACACCAGCAUCCCAUCAUUCCAAACCAUCCUGCCGGAGGCCCCGAGUUAUCACCAUAUUAUUGGUAAUCAUAAUGCAGCAUCCAGCGCAAAUGAUAUGAUAGCAAACGAUCAUUUCUUUCCACUUAAUGGAUUUGACACUGCAAUGACCGAAGAAAUUUCCUCAGUAGCACCAAUUUCAUCGGAAUUUCCUCGAUAUCCGGGGGGCGCCGAGAUGUAUCAAGGCGAUACGGCGCCCCCCUUUUCACCUAACGUACCAGAGCAGUAUAAGCAAACUAGUACGCAUUACAGCGAACUACGCAUACCGACACCGCAAUUAGCCGCUACUGCGCCAUUGCUUUCACCGGCGCCUUGUUCGCCAAGUGUUUCAUCUACUGGUACAACAUUACCUGUAGAAACUCGUCCUAGCGAAGUCCACCGUUGCGAUGAGUGCCAUAAGGUGUUUAACAAGUCGUGUUACUUAACUCAACACAAUAAAACCUUCCAUUCUGGAGAUAAGCCGUUCAAAUGCCAACUCUGUGGUAAACGCUUUUCUUGUCAUCAAUCGCACGAAGGGCAUUUGGCAAAACACAAUGGCGAAAAACCAUUCAAAUGUGAACUUUGUCCGAAACAGUUUAACCACAAGACGGACCUGAGGCGCCAUAUGUGCUUACAUAGUGGUUCCAAACCGUAUGUUUGUGAAGAGUGUGGUAAAGGAUUUAUCCGCAAGGAUCACAUGCUGAAGCAUUGCGAAACGCAUAAAAAGAAGCCCAGUUCUGCUGGAAAGAAAGCGGUUCUCGAGAAAGCAAGAUUGAGAGUUCAAUCCAAGGUUGCAUACGUAGAUGACGAAUGA